AUGAUGCAGCAGCACGAAAUCGUUGACGAAGCUGCUGUAGAGAAGCUGCAGGCUGAUCCAGCUGCCACCCGCGCUCUCGAUGGCGCCACGCAAGCGGCGGCGCGCGCUCGGCAGUUUCCGCAGCCGGACGCCUGUUUCAAGCACGACUUCGAGGCCCACAGCUUUGGUCACAGCUGCAAGGUUUGCGAUCGGUUGUGGUUCGACAACAAUCUGAGCGUGAUAGGGAACAUCAAGAAGGACUCGAGUCGCUUGAACGCGCUUCGGGUUCUUUGGAACGAGUUUGGAAGAGGAGGCCCCGACGACGAGCACGGCGACACCAUCAUCGCCGUCUGUGACGACAACCCUCGUCUGGCGCCGUUCAAGUCGUACCUGGUGUGUACCUCGUGCCGCGAGUCUCUGGUCAACGGGCGCGUCCCUUCGAUGAGCGUGAGUUUCGGCUACCGUUACCCUCCUCGUCCGGCGCACCUUCCCGAUCUGAACACGGUCGAAGAACGGCUCAUCUCGCCUCGACUCCCCUUCAUAAGCAUCAGGCGCCUGACCCGAGGUAACGGCCAGUUUGGAAUCAAGGGACAGGUGGUGAACGUUCCGAUCGGCGUUCCCAGCGUUGUGGAGUGCCUUCCUCGCAUGGUACCCGAGGACGUUGCGAUCGACGUUCACGUCAAGCGGAGGUUGGUGAGUCCGGCAACGUACAAGCGCGGGUUGGUCAAGCGCAGCAACAUUCUGGCUUGACUCAAGCACCUGCAACACACGCCGCUGUAUCGCGCCAUCAACGUUCGCUUCGACUGGAGCCGGCUCGAUUACUUUGACGGUGACGAGACUGCUGAACGUAAACGAGAAGGAGAAGAAGAAGAACGGAAAGAGGAUGAUGACGAUGAUGAGAUCGAAACUAUCCCUCAAGACUUUGACGUAAACGAUUCUCUGCAGUUGGCGAUUGCUCUCAACGCAGUUUCAAAGACGAUGUUCU